GCGGCCGGGCGGGCCAUGGAGGUGGUGCGGGAUGGCGUGGGAUCGCUGCUGCGAUCUUUCAUAUCCAUGGGAGCAUCUGUGGGAGCAGUAACAAAACAGACCCUGUUCCCUCCUCUCAUGCCUGCAGGGCGCCCUUUCCGUGUGUCCAAUGCCUCCCGAAGCAGCCGGAAAGGAAUUGUUGCGAGCAGCCUGCAAGAGCUCCUCAGCAAGACUUUAGAUGCCUUUGUUAUAACUGCUGGAAUAGUUACUCUGGUUUUGGAGGAAGAUGGCACAGUUGUGGACACAGAAGAGUUCUUCAAGUCCCUGGAUGAUAAUACACACUUCAUGGUUCUAGAAAAUGGACAGAAAUGGACACCAACAAAAAAUGGAGUUGUCGCUGUGAGAAAAAAGAAGAAAAUGGGAGUAGCUAACAUCACAUUUGAUCUGUACAAACUGAACCCUAAGGAUUUUAUUGGCUGCUUAAACAUCAAGGCAACUUUCUAUGAGAUCUACUCUAUCUCAUAUGACAUCAAAUGCAUGGGAGCAAAAAGUGUAUUGCGGAAAGUGCUUCAGCUAAUGUCCCAUGCAGCACAAAUAACUGGACAGUUUCUUCUCUACACUGGAACGUAUAUGUUGCAGCUGAUGGGGGAAUAUGAUGAAGAAGACAUGUGCACAAGAUCCAGGCGGGAGUAGUGACCACAGCUGCGCUUCUGGUGUCAAAACCUUUUGAUUAAAGACAUUCUCUUGCCCAGUUCUGAUUGUAAUAAUGUUACAGUAGGGGGAUGUGCACUAAUGUGAGCUAACAUUUUUCCUGUUUGGGAGUGCUUUUAGGCCUUAGCCAUGAAGUAUUGGUUGUUCAGAGGCCCUUAACACCACGAAAAGUUUGGUACGUAAUACCUGAGAAUCUGGCAAAAGGGGGGAGUGGACAGGGUUUGCCCCAGCAAUUAAAAAUGGAGAAUAAGCAUACUUGGAAACUUGCAUGCUUUGCAACCAAUGGAAUAUUUUUUUGAACCAAUCAAGACAUAGUUUUGUUCUUUUGGGUUUUGUUUGUUUGUUUUUCACAGCUAUCUACUUGCAUUCUGAACAGACUGGGCUAUAAGGUGAGGGCAAAGGGACUGUGGAGCUUGUUUGUUUGUUUAAAUCCUUAACAGUGCUGGCAUUAGUGUGAAACUGACAUUGAGGUGAAGUGUAUCUAUUUAAUUCUGCUGACAAUGAAACUACAUAGUGCAACUUCAGUCCUACUUCAGUGACUGACUCUUUUCAUGAGGUCUAAUUGGAGAUUGUGCAACUACGAAGCAGAAGGUUAAGAUGUAGCCUUGCUUCCCUUAAAACGAAUAAAACCUUUUCAUUAUUGUUCUUUAUAUAUUUUUUUCAGAUCUUCAGGAUGUUCAGGUUAUUACAGCUCACACAGUUGAAGAACCAUACAUUUUUUUAAAGAAUCUGAUGUCCAGUUUUGCCUGAGCAUUCAAUAAUCUGCCGUGGUUUCAUGAAUAUGAUUUAUAAGCAACCUGGUGAAGCUUUUUUCCGGGGUUAAACCACCACUUCUGUAGUUUUUACUGUUACAAGAUGGCACUAGGUGUCAAAUUGGGCUUGAGGUACAUGUAAGAGAUGCUGGAUAUUUUGUUGCCCUUGAGUUCAGGGGAAAGCAGCAGGACACUUUAUAGUCUUGCAUAACAUACAUACAUGGAUGCUCUAAAGCUAAUAUUUCCAGUAUUAUAAUCUCCCAAGACGUGCUGCAUUAAAGGACGAAGUAAUAUUUCCUGCAGUUUACUGAACUGUUGCUAUGCCCAGCUUUCAGCAAGCUUUUCCUCAACAGUGUGAAGAAUUGGAGAACAAGUAGUCUAAGGCAUCUUGUGUCAAAAUGCAAACUCUCAUUGGUGGAGGAGAAAAAGCCCAUUUUCGGUUGUUCACAGGUGUAGCUUUUGAGGUUUUUGUUUGCUUGCACAUGAAGAACUUUAGGAAGGCUGAAAACUCUCAAGGGAACAUCAGAUGCAGGAAAUCUUUCUUUUUCUAGUAAGAGAAACUCUGGCGCAGAGGGAACAAGUGGAGCAGGGGAGGAAAUCAGUGGGAACAAAAGGGAAAAGACCACUAUGGACCCCACAGUGUUUGCUGUGCCACUGAGACAGGAAUCCAUUAACUGUGUGCACCAACUGCACUGGCCUGAUCUGCUACAGGAGAAGCAGAAAGGUGGGAAAGAUGAAAUGUCAUGGUUGGUGGUGUCUGUUCACCUCAAAGGUCACUGAUACAUGGGAAAAUUGCUCUUGCCUGUAGCUGCAAAUCUCACCUUCAUGUGCGUGUUUUUGCCUUCCCACUGUGAGUGUGGCUAUGCCAGCUGGAGCUGCAUCUCAAAUCAUGGUUGGGAGGAAAGGCAGCCUAAACCCAAGUGCUAAAGGGAUUGAUGGACACAAGUUUUGAUCUGUCUCUGCUCAUCUCUUAAGUGAUGGUAUUACAAAUAAAUAGACAGCUAAGAAAAA